AUGGUACGGAUAUCUGGGGAUGAUGGCCCUCUUGGCACGCUGCGCACAUUGUUUCUGGACCACCAGCUCGCCAUCUCGGCCGCCCUGCUGUUGAUCCUGUUCACCACGCACAUAUUUCUUCCCGAUGUCCGCCAAACCACUCGCACCUUCUUCGAGCUGUCUUACCAUGACCCCGUCACCGAUACAUACACCCAAGGCUGGGAUGACCUGCCGUAUGUGGCAUUCUGGGUCGUGGUAUUUGUCGGUAUUCGAAUCCUUCUGAUGGACUACCUGCUGAAGCCACUGGCGCUCCUGGGAGGGAUUCACAAGAAGAAGGCGAUAAUCCGGUUCCAAGAGCAGGCAUUUAUUUUAAUUUACCCCAUCAUUUUCUGGUCCCUUGGAAUGUAUAUCAUGUAUAAUUCAAAAUACUGGCUGAACCUGCGGGAGCUGUGGACCAAUUUCCCCAAUCGCUCGAUGAGCAGCACACUGAAAUGGUAUUAUCUUGUCCAGCUGGCCUACUGGAUUCAACAGAUAAUCGUCGUCAAUAUCGAGGAGAAGCGCAAAGACUAUGCUCAGAUGUUUACCCACCACAUCAUCACGAGCGCUUUAGUUAUUAUGAGCUAUGCAUAUUACCAGACGAAAGUUGGUAACGUCAUUUUGUGCAUCAUGGACAUCAUUGAUAUUCUAUUACCGGCUGCAAAACUUUUGCGUUAUCUCGGAUAUCAAACUGCAUGUGAUAUUGCUUUUGGUGUUUUCAUGGUCACUUGGUUCUUCUCCCGGCAUAUUCUCUUUCCCAUGGUUUGCUGGUCAAUCUAUGCACAUGUUCCCUCUACUAUGCCGUACGGGUGCUAUGAUUCCGUUUCUGGAGCCCAGGUUUCCACGCCUCUCAACUCGCUUUCGGCAUCUUCGCCCGAUGUUCCAGCAGAAUGGACCAAUGCGAUCCUGCCGAAUAUCAUGCAAUCCUUCCUUGACCCGGGGGGUGUUGUCUGUUUCAACCCUCGCAUCCGGUUCGCCUUCCUGGGACUUCUCCUCUCCCUUGAAGCAAUUAUGCUGCUCUGGUUUGUCACGAUUGCCAACAUCGCCUGGAAGGUGAUCCGGGGUAAUUCAGCGGACGACUCGAGAAGCGACGACGAGGAGUCAGACGAAGAGGAGGAUGUUGAGACGGAUUCGGCAGAGAAGGUUCAAAAAGAUAGAUGUGCGUCGACAGGGACUUCCAUUCCGUCGAUUGGGAUCCCACUUGAGGAAGAAGUGGGCGUGGAAGACCUGCAUCUGGACAGAAGGCGAGGUGCACGGGUGCACGUUAGGCGAAGUGCUGCUGCUGCUGCCAAUGGAAGAGGCGCAGCCACGAGAACGACCCGUGAUCGAAAGGAGCUGCUGGGCAGGAUUGGAUGCGACGGCCCCUCAUGA